AAAAUAGUGUAUAUAACCCAGGCAUCUCGCAGGGCAGGUCACACUGGCGUGGAGGAAGCCCAGAGGGACACGACGGAGGUUACUGCAGGAGCUGUAGACGCGUAUUCACGAGUUAGUUACACGACGACAUGGAUUCGCUUGAGCCAGACCAGAUCGAGACCCUCCGCAAGGCCUUUGACUCCUUCGACACGGAAAAGGCUGGCUCCAUCGGCAUCGAGACCGUGUCCACCAUUCUGAGGAUGAUGGGCGUCAAGAUCUCGGAGAAGAAUCUGCAGGAGGUCAUCGCUGAGACGGAUGAGGAUGGAUCGGGAAUGCUGGAAUUCGAGGAGUUCGUCGAGCUCGCGGCCAAAUUCCUAAUCGAGGAGGACGAAGAAUCUCUGAAGGCGGAACUGAAAGAGGCCUUCCGCAUUUACGACAAAGAAGGCAAUGGCUACAUCACCACCGAUACCCUGAAGGAGAUCUUGAAGGAACUGGACAGCCGGCUUACCAACGAAGAACUGGAAGGGAUCAUUGAGGAAGUGGAUGAGGACGGGUCGGGAACCUUGGACUUUGAUGAAUUCAUGGAAAUGAUGGCUGGUUAAGAGUCCCUACCCUUCUCCCCAGUGUCAAAAAUAAAAUAAAAUAAAACAAAAUAAAACAAA